AUGGCGGACCCGGAAUGGGAUAUCCAUAAAUCAGAGAUCAAGCGUCUCUAUCUCACGGAAAAGAAAUCGCUCAAAAGGGUCAUACAAAUCAUGGCGACGAGCCAUGGAUUCUCUAAGCGGGAUUGGCAAUACGAGAAGAAGAUAAAGGAAUGGGGUUACAGAAAAUACAGAAUGGGAGCAAAGCAAUGGGAAUACAUCGACCACCGCAUUAGUAAGAUCAAGAUGCGAAACGAGUUGUCAUCUGCGCAAUUCUUGGGCAAAAAGAAACGAGAGCCGGAAGUCUACGUCGAUGGGAUCCUCUACCCACCAGAAAAGCACCCUCACCUCCGACUCCGCCUGGCAUUGUUGUCUGCUCUCCUGCGCCAUCUCCGCUACAGGUAG